CUCCUCGGCGCGACCCUCCCCGACCGCAAGCUCGUCAAGAUCGCGCUCUUGGCGUUCUACGGCGUCAACCACCACACGUCGGCCCGCAUCAUGGCACGCCUCCAGUUUCACGACCAGAUGCGCGUCCAGGACCUCAGCGAGCCCCAGCUCAACGCCCUCUCGGCCCUCCUCUCGGCACCCGCCGCUGCCCCUCGCCCUUCCACCCCGCUCCUCCCCUUCUCCCUCUCGUCCUCGUCCUCUUCCGCAGCCGCCUCGUCCUCUUCGUCCUCGUCCUCGACCGACCUCCUCGCCCGCGACCCUCCUCCUCUCAACGCCGACCCGCUCCCGAACCUCGUCCUCGAGGAGGACCUUAAGCGCGCGCGCCGCGCCGACAUCGCCCACCACCGCACGGUCGGCACCCUCAAGGGUCGCCAGCACGCCAUGGGCCUCCCCGUGCGCGGUCAGCGCAACCGCACCAACGCCAAGACGGCCAAGAAGCUCAACCGCAUCGAGCGCAGGGUCUACUCGACG